AUGCUGUUUCUCCUGCUCGGCUCUCUCCUGCCUGCCGCUGAGGCCAGUGGGAAGAACUGUCUGCACUGCUGGCCGGAACUGCCUGCGUUGAUUGACUAUGACCUGCAGAUUCUUUGGGGCAUCCCAGGGCCACCUUCAGAGCUCUCCCAAAGUCAGGACCAUUUGGAAAAAGAAGCAGCCAAAUUAUUCAAUCACAUAGAUUUAGCCAUUAAGACAUUUCGAGAUGAUAAACCGUUACUUCUGGAAGAGGUUCGUGUCCAGAAGCAGCUAUUUCUCGACCGGCUGAAUGAAAUAUCUGAGGAGCUGAAGGAGAAGGACCCACGCUCCACACUGGAGGUCAUCAACUGUGCCAACUGCAGGGCACACUUCCUCACCUGCAAAGAGCCAACUCUCUGCCCAGCUGGGACCCAGAGGAGCGUCGUGUGGGCAGUGAGCCUCGGCAUCGCCCUGCCCCUGGCAGUCAUAGCUGGAGGAAGAUAUUACAUUUUCUGGCGCAAGAAGAAGGAGGAUGAGAAGGCAGAAGAGACCCCCUCUCCACCUUUUGCCACCUGCUCUCUGACCAGCAUGGACUAUCAAGAUGGCCCCCUUGCCCUCAGCUUCUGGUUGGGAUUGACCAGCAGCCCUGGGCCCCUCCUCGCUGAUUUUCUGGUCCUCUCAGCCUUAGCCCAAGCUCUGCCCUGA